GGGGGGCAACUUCUCCAACUGACUGGUGAUUCCUGGUUUCUCUCCCCAGAGUGCCAGGAUGUCAUUAAGAGGUGUUUGUCCAUGCAGCCCUUGGACAGGCCAUCCUUAGAAGAGCUUUUCCGUGAUCCUUGGGUGCAGGGUGUUCCUCUGCCCUAGAGGAUGGGAGAGAUCCACGUGCACAGUUGGAUCCAGGGGCCUGGCAGCUGGGGCCCUGGGCAGAACCCUGACAGCCUGGUCUGGCCCCAGGGAAGGAGAAGGAGCCCCUGGAGAAGCUGCACCAGGUGGGGCUGCUGCUGCUGGAGACACCAAGGACAACCUGAAGGAUGACAAUCUCUUCCUCGGCCUGGACAGCUGAAGAUGAUGGACUUGGAUUCUGGCACCUUCUCCAAAGCCAGGCUCCACAGGGAAUUUGCAGAUGAGUCCACACGCAGGGGGAUGCUCCCAGAUUUGGGCAUUGCUCAGCCUGGCCAGGAGCCAAAGGUUCCCCCUUUGCUGGGGCGGAUGCAGCUGAUCCUUCAGUCGGCUGCCAGGCUGCUUUUGGCAGGGCUGGGGGCAUGGGCUGGGGUGGGUACGAAAUGGGAGUGGGCUCCUGGCCCUGCCAACAGCCCCCAGCACCCACCGUGCCCCGGGCUGGGGCUGGGGCUGGGGCAGCCAGCCCGACACAAACAAACCCAUGGUGGGAGCAGAGGUGGGACUCCAGAACCUGUGCAGGGGCUGCUUUGCUCUGCAGGCAAGGAAGGGUUUGGGCUGCUCCACUGCCCCUGUUUGCUUUGGGAUCAGCGUUAUUUUGGGGGGGAGUGCAGGGAGAAGGGAGAAAUCCUGGGCUUCCCUCACCUGUGGGUGGGUUUUUCCCUGGCAUGCAGGGGUUGGGUCUUCCUCAAGCCCCUGACAGAGAUAAGAUUUUUGACCUUUUUCCCCUUUUUGUCUUUAAUCUAUUUUCAACCAUUUGUUGUGUGUUUUUCUAGAGGAAGCGUUCCAGGUGGGGUCCAGCCUGGAUGGGGAAGUGCUUGGGAGCAGCUGCGGCGUGGAUGGGCCGUGCCCUUGGAGAAGGCUGAGGACAUCGUUUGGGACCAGCUUUUCUUCCAGCGGUGGAUGGCGUCAGGUGGGUCCCGUCUGCUUGGCAUGGUGGGAUCAGAGCUUUGGGGAGAUGGCAGCGAGCACAGGAGCAUCCUGCUCCGGGCAGCUGCUGAGGGCUGGAUGUGCCGUGGCUGGCUGCAGGCUGGGCACAUGUCCUGCCCUCCUGCUCUGCUGCCAAAGGCAGCAGUGAUGGGCAGCUCUGGGCACCGCUCUGGGCACGGCCAGCAUGGCCUGGGCACCGCGGGCGGCUGGGACAAGGGGACAGGAGCCUUCAGCUGACGGGCGCUUUCUGGUUUCUCUCCUUGCAGCCGGGCUCUGCGGGUGCUGAGGCUGCUCUGGGCUCUGCCAGGGCUCUGCUGGAUCUCAGCACCGGGCCAGAAUCAGCCAAAGAAGAAAUGGUGUGACCUGCAGCACAGACUUGCUUGAGCA